CGCGCGCCGUGUUGCGGUUGUAGCCCCCGAGCUCUAACUUGUUUGGAGAGGAACUGGUUAUUCUCCGGAGAGAGAUGAUCAUUGCCGAACAUGCGCUGUACUGUGAACUGCUGAUUUGUGUCCCGAGUCAUCAAACACUUCCUCUGCCAGAACUUUGCAAUCCACUGCUCCUUGGACCUUCUGGUCGUGAACUGGACGACUACAGGUGGUGGCCGGUCGGUCCUGUAGGACGGUACACGAUGGGCUGCUGCGACGUCAGUCUCCUUCACCUCCACCCCCAGGGCCGCUCCCACGUCCGUCAGCAGAUCAUUGAUGUUCUCACCUCUCGUCUCCGGAAUAAACAUGGCAUGCAUGCAAGUGGAGCCUGCGGAAACUAAAGAAAGUGAGGCACCAAGAAAGUCAGCCAUUGCAUCGCUUCAAGACCCUGAUAAAAAUGUUGACAGCCGAAAGUAUCUUCUCAAGAAAUAUCCUAUUAGGUCCAAUGCAGUGUUUUGUGGUUAGAAUAUUUACAGUAAUCUUUGGCUUCCACAGAUUCUGUAUCAUCUUUGACAAGAACUGUUAUUUUAUAUGACAUUGUUUUAAUUCUGUUGUUGUUGUCAAUUUCUUGAUGUAUAAGCUAAGAAUUGGGAAACUAUGAAUUGAAUGUUACAUUAUUUUUACAAAAAUAUCAGCCUAAGGAAACAGAGUUAAAGUCAAAUUUAGGGUUAAGUUGUUUAAAUGGUACACUGGUAGUUGUGUUGAAACUUGCACAAAAAUUGGUACCAGAGGCAGAUAAAAGGGGUGGCUCAGGGGGUGACAGCCCCAAACCAAAAAUCCAAAGGCAAGUUAAUUCAGUGUCAGUCUUAGUGAAUAUGUAAUAUUUAAUAUCUAUAUUAUUACGCUCUAUUUUUGAACUUUUACUGUGUCAAACAUACUUUGAAAUUAGUGAUAGAAAACUUUUAUUAUUAAAUUAAUUUUUCGAGCCACACCAAAAUAAGUAAGACCACUGUUUCCUAACCUAAGUAUGGGUAUAUUAUUGUCUUGGAGAAAAUAAAAAAUAUAACUUUGUACUUUUUUACAAAAACCUUAAUAUAGGCCUAGAUUUUCUGCUACUUCAAAAGUAAUACAUAUAUCUUGCACAAAACAUUUAAGACAUUAAAAAAAAUUAAUACGAAAUAAAUUAUUAAAAAUAAAAAUUCAGGUAAACAAUAAGGGCUCUAAAGGUGGUAGAUUAAGGACAUUCACAAUUAUAGCUCUAACUACAGUUUGUAAGAUCUUAUCAGUAUUUAAAAUGGUGACGUUUGGAGAAACAUGUUUCUUUUCUUUCAUGUAAUUUAGUUCAUAGCUUCAAAUCAACUAAAACGUUAAUUAUUCCUAAAAUUAAUUAAAUAAUUUACAAUUAUAGUAUGAAAUAGUCAUUAUUAAGCUAUCCAAUACACUACACUCACGGAACCUAGAGCUCUCGCACACACACAUUCACAGCCCUAUUGACAGGUCUGUGUUCUCAGUGUGCAUCGAUCAGUUGUAUUAGUUAUAACUUAAUUAUGUUAAACGUAUUACAUUUGCCUCCUCCAAAACAAAAAAAAAAAAACGAAAAUGAGGCCAAAUUGCAACAUAUUUUAUAAAAUAGGAAAGGCAACUAUUAAAUGUAAUAGUGUUAUAAUAAAACAAUAUAUUUCACCAGUUUAACAUGACAAAACUAUCUCGUAUUUGGACUCACAUUCCUUAUAGCUUCUAGGAGAUAACAUAUUUCACGGAAUUCUGACAAUUAGUAUUAAAUAGAAAGUAGUAUCUGUGUCCCAUAGUUCCAGUUGAUGAGUCAGGACAGGCUACCUAGCAGGAUUGAGGUGGCCAGCUGUUGUAGUGUGUCUGUAGUGGUAAAGGGUUUUUAUAUAAUUCUUUACAGGGUUAAUAACAGUUCUUCGUACUGAAUAAAAGACAUGCGGUUCUAUAAAGUUAUCGAUCUUAAGAAACUGCGCGCUUCACUGAGUUUCCAUCAUAAUUGUAACAUCACUGGUAUCUCAAAACGACUAAAUUUACAGGACAAGGACUUCAUCUAAUUUUUAUUAGCAAUUAAAAACGUGAUCUUAUGUUUGAUAUUAAGUCGUUAAAGGUAAUUUUAAAUGGUUUUAUUUUAACUUUAAGGAAGGAGACGUAUUGUUUUUAAUAUUCUUUUUGCAGUUACAAUGGUUUUACAAGUCUUUUGUACAACAUUUAUUUUAUGGUACGUUAUUUAUUUUAAAUCGUUAAAGGUUAAGUUUCCAAUUAAGAUAUUUCGUAUUAUUCAAGAGAAAAAGAUUUAUACUGUAGGAAAAGAAGAUAUUUAUAAAAAAUUUACUGUAUUUUCUUUGGUUUGUUUUUGAUGAAAUGAAAUGAAAUUAAUUCAUUGAAUUAUACUAGUAUGGGAUACUGUACUCAUACAUUAAAAUAUUUUAUUUACAUAUGUAUAUUAGUUAAUAAUAGUAUAAGCUUCAUUGAGCUAGAAAUUAUUUAUUCAAAUAUUCGUAGUCUAAGGGAACAUUUUUAUUUUCUUGUAUUAGAUUUGAAUUCAAGGAACAGCCUCCCUGAAAUAAUAGUUGUAUCUGAAAUUUGGGUAAACGAUAAUGAAAGUCAGCUCUACACAACAAAACAUUAUAAUCCAUCAGUUAAUUGUAAUAAUGAGAGUAGAGCAGGUGUUGCAAUGUACAUACAUUCUAAAAUUGAAGUUGUAAAUAGUUGUUAUCUAAAUUUGGUAUCGGCGGAUGUUUUGA